AUGUUGCGUCUGAACCAGCUCGCCCAAGUUGACAAUAACUCCUCUGCCAUCUUCCAGUUGAGCAGUGAUUCGGAGUUUGCGUUCGUUUUAGAGACGAUUUUGUCUCUCAGCAAUUAUGGUGGCGCGUCGACAGGGGAGGUCCUGCGUGCUGCCAGUCAGAUUGCUCCCGGUAACUUUGAGAGCUGGUACAAAGAAUUCAAGUUCCUUGGUGAUGCUAUCCACGCGAAAGCAUCUGCCCUCGACACUUCCCGCUUCCCUGUCUCAGCUCGCGAAGCCUAUUUCCGGUCGUCUACGUAUUACAGGAAUGCGCCGUUCUUUCUUCACCAGAAUGCCAGUGACCAACGAAUCAAUGAGGUCGGAGCUCUGGCUGUGGAGGACUUCAAUAAAGCCGCGGCACUGCUUUCCUUGCCGGUCGAGAACUUGAAUGUCCCAGCCUUGAGUCCCAGUGUCCCGGGCGACAAAUUCUAUGUGCCUGCGAGAUUUUUCAAGGCACAGCAAGGUAACCAAAGGUUACCUACCAUCAUUCUCGGUACAGGAUACGACGCGGCACAGGAGGAUUUGUACCAUGAGCUAGGAGUCUCAAUCCUCGAGCGAGGCUGGAACGUGAUUACCUACGAAGGACCCGGCCAGCCUACUGUCCUGCGUGAUCAAAAGCUAGGGUUCAUCCCAGAUUGGUGGAAUGUUGUGUCACCCAUAGUGGAUUACCUGGAGACUCGCAAGGAUGUCGAAACGGAUUAUGUCGCUCUCGUGGGGGUUUCCUUUGGCGGCCAGCUUGCUCCAUUGGCUGCCUCUCGGGAACAUCGUCUUUCGGCUGUAUUAUGUAUCGACGGCAUAAACGACCUGUACGGUCGUUAUAGAGAGACACUCCCAACGUCUCUUAUUGAACUUUACGAAAAAGGAAAUUACGCUGCCUUCGACAAAGAGCUCUUAGAAGUGGAGGAGAGCAGUUCCACGGAUACUUCAACACGGUGGGGUAUCGCACAGUCCUUGUUCAGUUUCAACACCACCAGCCCCUCUGUAUGGUGGGGACAUUUGUCUAAAUUUUCAGUCAAUGAUACUAUGCUUAGCAAUAUUUCUUGUCCUGUGUUCAUCGGCGAAGGUGAGAACGACAGUCUCGCCCCCGGCCAGGCUGCACAUAUGGCCAACGUAAUCGGAAAUAAAGCCACCUAUAACCUCUUCCGUACUGAUCUCGGUGCGGGUGAGCACUGUCAGAUGGGUGCCGAGGCACAGUUGGCUCAAGUUACAAUGGAUUGGCUUACUGAUACUUGGGACCAUGUUUCUUUGCCAAAGAAUCUUACCAGUGUUGUCGAUUAA